GCCGACGCACCUGUCGGCCCUGCUCGAGCCGCUCCUGUCCGCUUCCCCGGGUCGGUGGGUCGGACCGGACGAUUCGGAACCGCAGCCCUUCCUGCGGUACCGUCCGCCUGUGGCUGGAGUUGGGCCGAGUGCCGAGGAGGGGUGCUGGCGGCCGGCCGCUCCAGUUUCUCCCCGAGUUGGAGCAUGGCUGCAGCUGUGGUCCCUCCAGAGGGAGAUAACCAGACAGCUAAAUGGAGUCUGAGCAGCUGUUUCAUAGAGGCUACUGUAGAAACAGCUACAACAGUAUAACCAGUGUGAGUAGUGAUGAGGAGCUUUUAGACGGGGCAGGUGUUAUUAUGGACUUCCAGACUUCUGAAGAUGACAAUUUGUUAGAUGGUGACACAGCAGUGGGGACUCACUACACAAUGACCAACGGGGGCAGCAUCAGCAGCUCCACACACUUGCUGGACCUUCUGGACGAGCCCAUCCCCGGGGUUGGCACCUAUGAUGACUUCCACACCAUCGACUGGGUGCGAGAGAAGUGUAAAGACAGAGAAAGGCACCGACGGAUCAACAGCAAAAAGAAAGAAUCAGCAUGGGAAAUGACGAAAAGCUUGUAUGAUGCGUGGUCAGGGUGGCUCGUGGUGACACUGACAGGAUUGGCAUCAGGGGCACUGGCUGGGUUAAUAGACAUUGCGGCCGACUGGAUGACGGAUCUGAAGGAGGGUAUCUGCCUGAGCGCGCUCUGGUACAACCACGAGCAGUGCUGCUGGGGGUCCAAUGAAACCACGUUCGAAGAGAGGGACAAGUGUCCGCAGUGGAAAACGUGGGCAGAGUUGAUCAUAGGCCAGGCUGAGGGUCCUGGCUCGUACAUCAUGAACUACAUGAUGUACAUCUUCUGGGCCUUGAGUUUCGCCUUCCUGGCUGUCUCCCUGGUGAAGGUGUUUGCGCCAUACGCCUGUGGCUCUGGGAUCCCAGAGAUUAAAACUAUUUUGAGUGGAUUCAUCAUCCGAGGCUACUUGGGAAAAUGGACUUUAAUGAUUAAAACCAUCACAUUGGUACUGGCUGUGGCAUCAGGCUUGAGUUUAGGAAAAGAAGGGCCCUUGGUCCACGUUGCCUGUUGCUGUGGAAACAUCUUUUCCUACCUCUUUCCGAAGUACAGCACAAAUGAAGCGAAAAAAAGAGAGGUGCUGUCGGCUGCCUCCGCUGCAGGCGUCUCUGUGGCUUUUGGUGCGCCGAUUGGAGGAGUGCUGUUCAGUCUGGAAGAGGUCAGCUAUUACUUUCCUCUGAAGACUCUGUGGAGGUCGUUCUUUGCUGCCUUGGUGGCUGCCUUUGUUCUGAGAUCCAUCAAUCCAUUCGGUAACAGCCGCCUGGUCCUCUUCUACGUGGAGUAUCACACUCCAUGGUACCUGUUUGAACUGUUUCCCUUUAUCCUCCUGGGGGUGUUCGGCGGGCUCUGGGGAGCCUUCUUUAUCAGGGCAAACAUUGCCUGGUGUCGCCGCCGCAAGUCCACCAAGUUCGGGAAGUACCCGGUCCUUGAGGUCAUCGUGGUGGCAGCCAUCACCGCGGUGGUCGCCUUCCCCAACCCGUACACACGGCUCAACACCAGCGAGCUGAUCAAAGAGCUGUUCACGGACUGCGGGCCGCUGGAGUCGUCCUCCCUGUGUGACUACAGGAACGACAUGAAUGCCAGCAAGAUCGUUGACGACAUCCCUGACCGCCCUGCGGGCCUGGGGGUGUAUUCCGCCAUAUGGCAACUGUGCCUGGCUCUCAUAUUUAAGAUCAUAAUGACUGUGUUCACUUUUGGUAUCAAGGUCCCGUCCGGCCUGUUCAUCCCCAGCAUGGCCAUUGGCGCCAUCGCCGGCCGCAUCGUGGGCAUCGCGGUGGAGCAGCUGGCCUACUAUCACCACGACUGGUUCAUCUUUAAGGAGUGGUGUGAGGUCGGCGCUGACUGCAUCACCCCCGGCCUGUAUGCCAUGGUCGGUGCGGCCGCCUGCCUAGGUGGUGUGACGAGGAUGACCGUGUCCUUGGUGGUUAUCGUCUUUGAGCUCACGGGAGGCCUGGAGUACAUCGUGCCCCUCAUGGCUGCUGUGAUGACCAGCAAAUGGGUGGGCGAUGCCUUCGGGAGGGAAGGCAUCUAUGAAGCCCACAUCCGGCUGAACGGGUACCCCUUCCUGGAUGCCAAAGAAGAGUUCACCCACACCACCCUGGCUGCCGAUGUCAUGAGGCCUCGGAGGAGUGAUCCCCCGCUGGCCGUGCUGACCCAGGACAACAUGACGGUGGACGACAUAGAGAACAUGAUCAACGAGACCAGCUACAAUGGUUUUCCCGUCAUCAUGUCCAGGGAGUCGCAGAGACUCGUGGGCUUUGCCCUCAGAAGAGACCUGACCAUUGCCAUAGACGCCUCCUUGGUAUCAUCACAAAAAAAGACAUCCUCCGUCAUAUGGCCCAGACGGCAAACCAAGACCCCGCCUCCAUCAUGUUCAACUGAGCCCCGCGGCGGAGGAGGGGGAGGACGCCGGGGAGGAGGCCUGCCUGCUCAGCAGCAGCUCACUCUGACCGGGAAGCAGGACUGGCAGCGGCGGGCUCCUGUGGCGGGGUUUGCAGACACGGCUGUGGUGCGGGGCGGGGAGGCAGAGGCGAGCAGCACGCGCCUCCCAUCUGCGCUCAGCCAUGGAGGCGGCCCUGACCCGACCCCGCCCUCUCUGGCACUGCAGAGAGGCCGGCAGGCCCUGUGUCAGAAGGGAUCCCUCUGAAUUGAGCCAUCUCUAAGACUGCAAGGUCUUGCCCUUUUUUUUUUUUUUAAUCAAAACUGUUGUGUUUAACUCCUGAACCGUGCAGGUAAAGCAUUACCUUUCUACAUUCCGGACGAGCUUCUUCCUCUCCCCUCCCCCGCGAGCUGUCACCAAGCCUCUGAGUGGUGUGCACGUGGGUAGCAGUCCUUUCUCAUAUUGAGAUGUGCGUGGUCUUAUCGGGGUCUUGUCACAGGGAGGAGCGGGUGCUGUGUCCCCACACGAGGGGCUUGGGCCAAGCCCGCGUACCACAACCGGGGCGAGGCGCCGGGGAAGCUCUGCGGGGGGUAGGGCGUGCUCGCGGGGUGCAGGGGUUCAGCAUCAACCACAGGGAACUUGACUGGGAAGGAUGGACAGUUUUCUUCUUGCUUUUCUCACCCUCUCUGACUUGAUGGAUAAUGUGAACUGGUCUUACGCAGAUUUUUCUGUUUCUAAAUCUCCUAUAACACAAGUACUAUUGAGCGUAAGGAAAUGAUGCUGCUUUGAUAGUGACAAGAAGGAAGUGUUGUGUUGAGCUGCACCUGCUAUGAGUUGCAUGUUUAAACACUGGAAUUUUCUUUUUCUUGAAAUUAGAUCAGUCUGGGUUUUUUUUCCCCUUUCCUUAAGGUAUUUUACUGCUGACACUGAAGAAGAAAUGUAAUUCAUAACUUGCACUAAAUGUAUAUUUCUUUCUUAAAAAUUUACCAUUCUUAUUUAUAUUUUUAUGGAUUAAAAUUUAUAAAAUACAGAUCAGUUAAUAUCACACUUAAAUACUUUUACCUUUUUAAUGUGGUUUUUAUAGACUAAUUCAGACUUAGAAAUAUGGAGAUAUGAACAAAGUUUACAGUGGGAACGAGGGUCUAAGAUGUGGUGUGGUUGUUUCUUUGUGAUCACACGUGUACGGAAACCUUUUCUCAUCUCUCACUGCCAUCCUCUGGGUUGUUUCCAGCUUGUCCAUUUUGACUCAUUAACUGGAAGCUGAAAAACUAUGUAUUGUUUCACAGAUUAAAAGUUAAAUAGUGUUAACCUUAAAAAAAAAAAAAAAAAACAGUAGAAUGGCAGAGGUAGCAGUUAAAAUGUUGAUCUGAACAGAACUUGUGAAUCUUUGUGGAGGUCAUGUCCAGGUGUUCAGUGACAUUUUGAAUCCACGCUGCACUUUUUUGCACAGUGGGCUGAAAAUGUACUGGAUGUGUUUGGAAUUUGGGGUUUUGGAAAAUACCUAUCUUAAUCAUGGUCUCAAUUCACAUCAGCAAAGGCAGUUCACUUGAAGCACUGGCCUGAAAAUUCUGGAUUAUGCGUCUUGGGAGGCAAAAUGAAUUUUUAGAGACAGACAUUUUUCUGAAACACAUCUUGCAAUGAGCUGUUUUUACAUUUUGGAAGUGAUUGUUCAGUUCUUGAUUCUUAAUAAACCUGUCAGGUCUGGGAGAUCACAGAUCUUUGUGAUGCUGAGGAUUUAUAAGAUCUCGAAGCCAUAUUAGAACGACCACUGAGAGUUGAGCAGACGUUAGGAAUUCCAUGACACCUGAGUCUUGCUCUGCCUGCAGUCAGUGCUUUGUCCUGCUUCCCCCUUCUGGCCGCCUGCACACUUGAUUCCCGGCGUGUGGAGACAGCUGUGCCGAGCCACGGUCAGCUGGUCUCCUCUCAGCCUCUGUUCCGUGCGUUUGCCCGAGGCCCAGCGAGCGUGGGGGCUCCGUGGCCGCUCCGUGGUGUCUGCUUUAUCUCCCUCGUUUCCUUUCCGAUUCCGGGUCCUGCGUCACCCUGACGUCUCGGGCGGAUGCAGAUUCUCUCCUGUGUGUCCGUCCUGCUGAGACGCGGGGGCGCUCGUGGCUGUGUCGCUCCAUCCCGCUUUCCUUCUGGUAUGUUGGGUGUGUCUGCGUGUCCGCCUAGCGAGGGGCGUUGGAGGCCAUGCGGUGGAAGUGCCCGGCCCAGCGGAGUGCAGGCGGAGCCUCAUUGGAGUACCCUUUCUGAGAAGGUAUGAGAAUGGGCAGGGUGUCAGCAUCUCUUCUCCUUAAUAAUUGUGUUCAGUUCUGACUCAUGAAUGCCUAGUUUGUUCAUCUGCGAUGUUGCCUAGAGCUGUAUUUAUCUGUUUUUAUUUAUACUAGUGUAGUAGAGCUGCAUAUCAUUACAGUACACAUGGUGACUGUGAUGAGUCAAUCAGAAAACCUAUUAAAAUCUAUACGACAA